CACAUUUGACGGAAAAGGGUGAUGAUGAUAGAAUCUUCACUGGACGCUUGAAAAGAUAAAACUUGACACACAGAGAAUGUAAUGAAUUCACAAGUGCUUUCCCUUUGAUGUUGAGUAGUUGAAACAGAAUUGUUCAUUGAUAUUUCUACGCGAGUCGGAAGUGACGUUUGGGGAAUUACCCGUCUGCAGUGGAUUGACGAAACAAGACGAAUUUAUCGGAUCCAUCCAACGAAAAGACAUAAUGCGACUUACUGUUAAAGUACUGAACGGAGACGAAUGUACAAUUGCCGCAUCACCCAGCAGCUAUGUCACUGACAUCAAACAACAGGUGGCAGCCCUCAUGUCAAUUCCCAUUGCUAACCAGAAGCUGCUGUACAAGGGAAAGCCAAUGGCAGACAGUAAACAACUGAGUGAGUACAAUAUAGAAGAUGGCAGCAAACUGACAGUGGUUUCACGUCCCGGCUCGGCCACCUCAGCCUCUUCAGCUGACAGUGUUUCAAAAACAGUGUCUCCAGACACAGGUGCCAGUGCCCCUGUCUGGACCAAACUGCAGACAUUCCUGCGAAGACAUUAUACAGAGAAGGAUGCCGACUUAGUGCUUGCAGAAUUCAGAAAGGAUUUCAACAAAGGCCUGGCCAGCUUGAGUUUAGAUGACAUAGAGAGACUAGCCGCUUCUAAAAUGAGAGGCACAGGAGACAGAUAGUACUUAGUGAUUGUGUGAGAGAACGACGCAAAGACUCGAAACUCAAUGGUGGUGAUAAUGUCAAUGCCUAAUCAUGUGAUUAGCUUGAAGCUAACGUGUCUGUUACCAUGGUUACCAAUAGCAUGAUGUGAAAUCCGACUUUCACAUGGAAGUCAUCCUGAUUAAAUCAUUGGAGUACAA